AUGGACCAUUCCGCUAGUGGCGGCGGUGGUACUGGUGAUGCAAGUGGCAGUGGUGGCGGUGGCAUUGGCAAUAGUGGUGCCGUAAGUGCGGGUGGCACUGGUGCUGGUGGUGUGGAAAGCAGUGAUUUUGUUGGUGGGGCGCGUGUGGGCAACAGUGGUGUUGUUAACAAUGUGGGUGGGAGUGGUGCCCCUGUGGUGCGAGCAGAAGCGGUGUCGCUUUCGAGCGGCAAGGAUGCUAUUAGUGUGGGCUUUCAGUGCUGGUGUUGGUGCCAGCAGCAGAAGUGCCAGUGGCACUGGGUGCAGAGUCAUCGGUGUUGCGGGGCAAAAGAGGAGCCUGUGGUGUGGGUGGACAUUUCCAGCAAUGGUGUUAUGGGCGGCAGUGCCACUGGUGGCUCGGGCGGCAAAGGGUGUUGGAAAAUGGGAACAAAUGGGUUCAAGCAGGAGAAUGAAUAG